CUGUCUCACGAGCUCUGAGAGCCAUCCGGUCACACCGCCCGCUGAUUUGUUUUAGGCUAGGUGGCGCAAGCUACCGCCCGUUACAAGACCACAACAACAACAACAACAACAAAAGAGCCGUUUCACAGCUCGCGGGCGCGCGGGAAGCUUGGAAUUUGGAAAGAGUCAUGGCAGAUUCCGUGGACAUCGCGAAAGCGCGACGAAUCUUAAACGGUUUUAGCUCCUUCGAACUGAACGACUUGCUCAGGCAGGAUUUACCGGAUCUCAUCGUCGACCAUGCGCCGAAGCAACGUCCCGGGGCGAGGCAGCGACCGACGCGAGCGGAUGCCGUUGCCGACGCCAUCUCGGCUCUGCAGGAGCCCCAACUCCGGCUGCAGGCGCUGGCGUCCGUCCACUGCUUCUUCCUGCGGACUAGGGCGGACAAGAUGAUGCCGUGGUCCCUGUUCAAGGUCUCCACGGAUGCUACGGUAACGGACGACGUCCUCUUCAACAACAGAAUCUUCAUAGAGAGCGUCGCACGGUUCCUCAAAGAGGAGUGCAGCUGCGACGUCGAGCUCCGGUGGAAGUUGCAGCGUGGUGCCGUCUACGCCUGCUUCCUGAUGCAGGACCUGUUUGAGGUCCUGCAUCUGCACGCCCACCACGCGGUGUACCUGGUCCACUGUCCCGGCCUGCCGCUCCUGGCGGCCUGCGUGUCCCGGACUGCCAUGUUCGUUCCCCUGGCCAUGGCGCUGGACCGCGCCCUGUGCACGUUCGAAGUCAAGAGGGUGAAGGUGCCACACACCACGCUUGCGUGCGCGUUCCAGGACGCUCUGCGCAGCGUGGGCGUCUCGAAAACCCACGGUGGGCCGGAAGCCCCGCUGUUCCUCCGCGAGUCCGCCUUCGAGGAAGACGGCAGCCUCAAGGACGGCACGGCGGAGCCCGGAGUCAUUGACAUCAAGUCUCAGGAGACCGCCGACCGGGAGCUAGAAGCGGCGGUCAUCUUCGAGGGGGCUACGAGGUACCCAGUGGAUCGCUUCGAGGUCGUGGAAGAAGGGGGCGACGGAGCGAGGCUGCGGGUGACCGGAGGCAACGUGCUGGAAAGCAUGCGCAGACUCUACAUGCUCGGAUGCCUCACCCGCGUGGGUUGCUUCCUCGAACCCGCCCUCGACAGCUUUGAAUAUGUGGUGGUCAAAAGGACCGAUGAGUGACGUUCGUUUCGACGACGUCAUACUGGACGUUCGUUUCGACGACGUCAUACCUGCCUAGCAGUCAAUCGAAAGGGCAGCGAACACUCCUUUUUGGUUUGAACUGUGCUUGAGUGCAGUGUCACUUAUAAAGCACAACUCUAGGUGUUUAUAAUAUCUGUGGGAAGCUGUUCAAAGUGGCACUGCUUCCCACAUAGAGAUUAUGUUUCACUUUGGAGGCUUGAAUUAUAGCACUUCUUUCGCCUCCCCCCAUCAUCAAUUCCCCCCCCCCCCCCCCCCUUUUAGCCCACCAUAGCACCAAUGUUGUUUGACUGUGCUAUUCAGUUGUUUUAGCACUCCUCGGUUUUAUUCCGUUUUAAACUGCAGUUUUAUGAUGCUGUAAAUAAAUUUUAUAUUUUAUGCGCCCGUGAUUUUUUUGUCACUUGGACUGGAAAGUUUUGAAAUCAAGCUGUAAUCAGAUACAACAUAAGACAGACAAUGCAAGGGGGAAAAGGGUGGAAACUAGGAAAACAAGUGGAGAGGAGCAAUCUCCUUUCCACCAUGGCUUUUCUCAUGCGUGCCCUUUUCCCCUCGCACUGUCUUUAUGUAGUAUGUGACUAUAGUCCCGGCUCAAAAUGAACAGAAAUAUGUUUGUCAAGAGAACGGGUGUCGCUGCAUCAUUGCAAGCGGGCAACGCAAGGCGACACUUUGUAAUCAUUUGUCACUGUGAUUAUCACCCUUAUCAUCAUCCUUCUAUUCUGUACUUGGUGGAACCUAUAUUCACGUGUGGCUCAUAAUAAACCUUGUUCACAACCUAC